AUUCCGGUUGAACGCCGGCCCGACAGAACAGUUCCCAUCGAGCGGAGAGAGCGAGCGGUCGUGUGCCGCACCUGGAUUACGGAUAUUCAGAGCUAAACACUAACCAAGGAUAUCCCUUAGGAUUCAUUAAGCUUAACUUUAGGACCCAAUCGCUCCCCAAGAUGGAGUUCCUGAGCGCCCAGUGCGCUGCUCGCUCGGCGGGUCCAGCAAAUACGCUGAUGUCCCUGCUCCUCUCCACGCUGAUCACCAAGUACUGCGAUCUGAGCGGCCAGCAGCAGUGGCCGGAGGACAAGGGCGACUGGCUGGAGCAGAAUGGUGGCUUCAAGCACGACUACGACUUCAUAGUAAUUGGAUCGGGCAGUUCGGGAGCUGUGGUCGCCGGUCGUUUGGCGGAGGUGAAGAAGUGGAAUGUUUUGCUGCUCGAGGCUGGCGGAGAUCCCCCGAUCGAAACGGAGUUCGUUGCCUGGCACAUGGCCACUCAGUUCUCGGAAUGGGAUUGGCAAUACCACUCGCAGCCGAAUGGACGUGCCUGCAUGGCGAUGCAGGGAGAAAGUUGCCACUGGCCGAGGGGCAAGAUGCUGGGUGGCACGAACGGAAUGAAUGCGAUGAUCUAUGCUCGAGGCACACGAAAGGAUUUCGAUGACUGGGAGGCCAGGGGCAAUCCGGGAUGGGGAUACGAUGAUGUGCUGGAGCACUUCCGCAAGGCGGAGGACCUGCGAUCCACGCGACCGGAUUACAAGCCAGGUGACCAUGGCGUUGGUGGACCCAUGGGCAUCAACAAUUACGUUUCGGACAACGAAUUCCGCUCCACGAUUCGCGCUGGCAUGCAGGAGAUGGGCUACGGAAGUGCUCCGGAUUUCACCGAGGGAUCCUUCGUGGGUCAGAUGGACAUUUUGGGCACCCAGGACGGCGGUCGUCGCAUCACAACCGCUCGAUCCCAUCUGCACAAGAACACGCCCAAUCUGCACAUUAUUCGACACGCUCACGUCAAGAAGAUCAACUUGGAUCGGAACAAUCGGGCUGAAAGUGUGACUUUUGUGCACCGUGGUAAGAAGGAGUACACCGUGAAGGCCAGCAAGGAGGUCAUCGUGUCCGCCGGAGCCAUUGGCUCGCCACAGAUCCUGAUGCUCUCAGGCGUCGGUUCCGCCGAUCACCUGAAGAGUCUGGGAAUCCCCGUGAAACUGGACCUGCCCGUGGGCAAGAACCUGAAGGAUCACGCCAGUCUGCCGGUGAUCUUCCAGAUCGACAAGUCCACGGCACGCAAGCCCACCGAGGAGGAGCUGGUGGACGCCAUGUACAACCUGCUGAUGGGUCGCUACAGCAAACUGCUCCACCACGAAGCCACCGCCCUGACUGGGUUCAUAAACACCACCUCGAUCGAGGGGCCCAAUCCGGAUAUCCAGACCACCAACUUCUUCAGCCUGAUGCAGAGCCCCGAACUGAAGGGCUAUGUGGCUGCCACCGGGUUCAAUGAUCGCGUGGCCAAGAGCAUUUUGUCGGCCAACCAGGAGACCAACACCUACAUCACCUAUCUGCUGCAUUUGAAACCCUUCUCGGCGGGAAGUUUAACCCUCCAGUCGGCGGACUACUUGGAGGCACCCCUUUUGGAUCCCGGUUACAUGACCGAUGAACGCGAUGUGGACACCUACAUUCGCGCCUUAAAUAUCUACAAGAAUUUGCCGAAAACCAAGGCGUUCGCUGAACGCGAAGCCACACUCCACAAACUCGAUUUGGAGGCCUGCAAUGGAUUGAAGUACCAGUCGGAUGACUACUGGCGUUGCUACAUCCGCCACAUGACCACCACUGUUUACCACCCGGUGGGCACCACUCGAAUGGGUCCAGCCACCGAUAAAACUGCCGUUGUGGAUCCCCAAUUGAGGGUCCAUGGCGCCAAGGGACUGCGGGUGAUCGAUGCCAGCAUUAUGCCCGAUAUCGUGGGAGCCAACACUAAUGCCGCCUGCAUUAUGAUCGGCGAGAAGGGCGCUGAUAUGAUCAAGGAGGAGUAUCUGGGCGGAAAGCACACCGAGCUCUAGGCUCAGCGAUAUUUUACGAUAUAAGUGUAACGUUUUUUGUGAAUUUUUUUUUGUUAUAAUAAAUAUAUGCAUUAUAAUUAAUACA